AAAGCAGCUGUUUGACUCAUCGUCAGUUUUUUCUGCAACCAAACAGAAGAUGGGUUAGGGGUGGAGGAAGUUGUGGGUAAUGGGUUUUGUUUCUGGUUGAGGAUUAAUUGUGGGUUUUAGCUGAACGAGACCCUUGAUGGUUUGAAUAUGAAAUCAUCUUUGAGGACAGUUGAUACUUUUGCAGUGCAAUGUGAAAAAUGUUAUAAAUGGAGGGUGAUUGAUACUGAAGAAGAGUAUGAGGAAAUCCGAAGCACCAUCCUUGAGGAGCCAUUCAUUUGUGGGAGAAAACCGGGUGUGUCUUGUGAGGAUCCUGCUGAUAUUGAGUACAAUGCGACUAGAACCUGGGUCAUUGACAAGCCUGGUCUUCCAAAGACUCCUGAAGGUUUUAAGAGAAGCUUGGUACUUAGAAGAGACUACUCUAAACUGGAUGCUUACUAUAUUACUCCUACAGGAAAGAGAGUCAGAACUCGCAAUGAAAUAGCAUCCUUCAUAGAGGCAAAUCCACAAUACAAAGGCAUUUCCAUUAAAGACUUUGAUUUUGGGAGUCCAAAGGUUAUGGAAGACACUAUCCCUGCUGAGUAUGUCAAAAAAAGUUCUAGUCCCAGUUCUAACAAAAAAUCCAAAACAUCAAAGGAUGCUGUUUCAAAUGGAACUGUUUUGCAUCUUGAGUGAGGUCUACUGACCUUGGUCCUUGAACUUGUACUUUGGUCAUGUAUUUUCUAGUAGGUUGGUUUGAGAAGUCUGUUUUGGGGUUGGCUUUCUUCUUCUAGUUGUUGACUGCGCUAUGGCAGUUAGGAAGUGCCAGGACUUCUUGGGAUGUUAAGUUAAAUAUUAUUGCUGAGGCUGUUAAUCCAAGGAUUGUUCUUAUUCUUGUAUCAGUCACAUAGCAGUACCACAUACAAUGUGCAAUCCUUUGAGGUGCCUCUUUGGUACUGGCUUCAAAGCAGGUAUCUAACUUGUGACUGGUUUAGACGUCCACGUUCCAUACUC